GAGAGGUUGAAGUGGACAUACACGACUGCUUACUGAGUUAACACAAGGAAAAUGGUGGUGAUUGGCUUUCUCAGAUCUAUGGAAUACUGAUUUUGCUCUUGGUUCGGCUCAGUUCUUGGAGAUGAAUCCUCAUUAUGAGACAUAAGGAAACUGCAUCGCUUGGCUACUGGUUGGCUCUGGAAUUCCUGAUUAGGAAUUCAUUUGGAUUAACUACGCGGAAUCAUUGCAAUUUGAAACCAAAAGCCAGAUUUCUUGGUGUGCUUGGGCUGCUUCUAACGACCUGUUGACUUGGUUCUCCUCUGAAACCCUGUGGAUAUUAUACAUGAGAGAGAGAGAAAUAGAAACGGAGAGACCGAGAGAGAGGAAGAGAGAAAGACAGAGAGAGAGAGAAAGACACAGAGAGAGAGAGAGGGAGAGAGAGGUCAGGCCUGAAAGGCAGCAGUCUAAGGGAAACAUCCUGUAGGUCUGUUGGGAUCAUGUAAGGAAGAGUGUUUGAGCCGGCUUACCAGAAUAAAGGUAAGCUCAUUAUUAGAAGGCAUGAACUCCCUUUUAAUGAGCACAAAGAGCGGAGGGAAGCAGCGACAGCGUUCUGCAGGAGACGGUGUAGACACGGCCCUAUAUUGCCCCCUCCAUGGGGUGCGGCUCUGCCAUCUCUGAGAUAUGGAUGGCCAAUGGUGGGACCAUGCAUCUUGGCAUAGCGAGGCUGCAUCUAUGCACCCGGUGACAUGGCAACCGUCCAAAGAUGGCGAGCGCCUGAUAGGGCGGAUUAUACUAAACAAGAGGAUGAAGGAUGGAACGGUGCCCCGAGACACAGGAGCUCUGCUGGGACUCAAGGUGGUUGGAGGAAAGAUGAUGGAUUCUGGUCGACUUUGUGCUUUCAUCACUAAAGUGAAGAGAGGAAGUCUAGCAGAUACUGUUGGUCACCUUCGACCAGGCGAUCAGGUUCUUGAAUGGAAUGGGAGGGUCCUACAAGGAGCAACAUUCAAGGAAGUUUAUAAUGUGAUUCUAGAAUCGAAGCCAGACCCCCAAGUGGAGCUGGUUGUGUCCCGACCCAUAGGAGAUAUUCCAAGUAUCUCAGAGAGCACACAUGGACAACUUGAAUCAAAUUCGAGUUUAUUUGAAUCCCAGAAAAUGGGUCGAGCGAUGUCCGUCACGUCCCCCAUGAGUCCCGGGAUGUUCCGUGACUCCCCACAGUACCUGUCUGGACAAGUCUCAGUCAAACUGUGGUACGACAAGGUGGGUCACCAGCUCAUCGUCACAAUCCUGGGAGCUAAAGACUUUCCUUCUAGGGCAGACGGCCGGCCCAGGAAUCCAUAUGUUAAAAUAUACUUCCUCCCAGACAGAAGUGACAAAAGCAAAAGGAGAACGAAAACGGUGAAGAAAUCCAUGGAGCCUAAAUGGAACCAGACGUUCAUGUACAUGCCGGUCCACUGGAGGGAGUUUAGAGAGCGCAUGCUGGAGAUCACUUUGUGGGACCAGGCCAGGGUCAGAGAGGAAGAGAGUGAAUUCAUGGGAGGGAUCCUCAUAGAACUGGAGACAGCCCUGAUGGACGACACAGCCCACUGGUACAAGUUGCAGACCCACGAUAUAUCCUUCAUGCCAAUGCCCAACCCCUCACCCUACAUGCAGAGGAAACUACUGCAGGGAGAGAGCCCCUCUAGGAGGUUACAGAUGUCCCAGAGAAUGAUUCACAGUGAGUUCUCUGAUUUCGACUGCGAGGACGGGAUCGGUGUCAUAGCAGGUAACCAAACCACAUCAAUUCAAAACAG